AUAUGAUACAUAGCGACUUAGAUUUUUUCUACCUAAAUUGUUUACGUAUGCAUACAGGCGAAAAACGACACCAUAAAACACCAUAUUUUGCUCUAUCCAUUCAAUCAUUCAGUGAUUGUUGCCCAGAAGUGAGUCAGAUUGAAAUUGAGCAUUAUUUGGUUAACAAUUUUUCGAUUGCAAGGUAUUUUAAAGUGCUAUUCUUGUACUUAGUUUAGUUUUGGCUACUUAGAAGAUAUCUCGACUAAAAAAGUGAACAAAAUGGCACCGAAAUAUGAAGUUAGUCCGACCGUCAGCCCAGUUGAGUCAAUUCAUUGUGAUUCUGAAAGUGAAUAUGAAAUGAUAAGAGACGAUGAAUCAAUAGAGGUAAUUAGUGAGCCGGAAGAUAGCCCAUACUCUUCGCUGCAUUCCAGUGUUACAAUUCCGGUAAUUAUCGGACAGGAAAAUUCCGAUUCAGGCGGUUGUGAGGCAUCCAACAGUGACGGACAGGAGGAUACCGACUCAGGAGGCAGUGAGACAAAGUCGGAAGAAAAUGUCGAUGCUUCCGAGAAAACGACUGGUGAUAGUGGUGUUGGAACGGGUUCGGAAGAAAUGGGGGGAAAAGAUGAUGAGCCUAAUGGUGACAAAGAAGACAGCGUCAUGGCGUUAUGUUCGAUUGAUUUAAGACCCAGCACGGAUGAAGAAACAGGGGAAAUGGACGUUAUUACCUUUGGUGGCAGAGCUGAUGUUGAUAAUGAAGAGAAGAAGCAAGAAGACAAGCAAGAUAAGGUUGAUUUGGACGUGGAGCGAACGAUUGCCAAUAAUUCUCAAGAGCAAGAACAAACAGUUCAAAAUGAAACCAUCAGCCCGGAUUCUGAAUUUGCAAUAGACGGAGUCAAUCAAAUUUUAAAUGCUAACGAUGAGCGAGAGAACGAUAACCAAAGUAAAGAACGAAACACUGACAACAAUGGCAUCGGAACGAUUCUGGAAGAAACUAAGGAAAGGGAUGAUCGAAUGAGUGAUUUUGGAGCAGAAAAGUUACAGAGCUCAACGAAUAAUGAUUUCGUCGUUGUAGAUGAGAACAAUGAGAGCAAAGACAUCGAAAAGGACGCCAGACGAAUUCUAUCUGAGCUUGUAAAUGGAAUCCAAGAAAAAAUGGAAGGAUUCAAAUUGGACGAAGCUGUUGUAAAGUUUGAAGGUAAUACUUCACAAUUGAUAGAUACCAUGAACCAGCAGAAGCAGGAUGACAAUCUUGAAAUGGAAAAUAGCAGUAUGCUCAGUGAGCAAUCGGACAUUGAACAAGGAGAAGAAUGUGGAAUGCUAAUCAAAUAUCUGGACGAGAUCAGAAUUUUUCGAAGCGGUCGUGAGUGUAUUAAAAAGAAAGUUCCAACACAAAAGAGAGUGGAUCAACUGGGUUUCUCUGCACGGCUGUUAUGUGCAAACUUGGACAUCAAACUGUACAACGAAGGCUCACUGAUGUCAGCGGAUGACAACUUUCUGGCUAAAGUUCGGAUCAUUAGCCCGAGCGUUUUGGAUCAGACUACCAAUUUCAUUGAAGCGAAAAAAGUUCUAUUCCAGCACCUCCAAAUUGUCCGAGUGCUGCAAGAUGACUUAGCGGCUGAAAGGAAAGUACGAAAACAGUCGGUACUGAAGGCGAUUCAAACAGUUUUGAAACAAUCUUCGGGUGACGAAAAGCUUGCAGUUGAUCGUAUCCAGCUGUUCUAUAUCAUAAACGACAACACCCGUAUGACAUUCACCAAGCUGAUCGAAAGAAUAAAAAACAACCAAUUAAUACGUAGAGAAUUACGUUGUACAGCUGAAUCGUUUUUGCAGGCUGAAGCUUGCAGUAAUGCAAGGGAUAAAAUGUUGGAAAUGUUUGGUUAUCGCCCGGAUAAAACAUCCAGUGCGGACAUUAUCAGCAAUUUGCGUAAAACGUUGAAGGAAUGCAGUACCACCUAUAGGACACAACUGGUAGAAAAAGCACCGAUCUGUUUACAUAAAACUCUUGGAAACAUCGGCAGCGAUCGAAUUUUGUUCAUCCAAACUGGUGAUAUCAAGUUGUUCUCUGACAUGACGGGAGUUUUGAACGAAAGUAUGUUCCAGAAACCACUAGCCGAUCUUGCCGCUCGGUGGACUGAUCACAUGGGAAAGAUAAAAAUCAAAAAGUUGCUUUCCGUUGAACCGCAAACCAAUCCGAUUUAUUAUUUCUUGGCUAAAAGUUUGGAGGAAUUGAUAAUUGAAAUCAGUAGCAAAACAGAUCAUACUGUGAAGGAUCUACUAACUAGUAAUCAUUCCGGAUGGCAUCCGAUUAAAAAGAUUAAUUGGAAGUCGGAAAACGUUUUGACAACAUGCCUGGAACGGGAGUAUUAUUUCAUUUUUAAACUGUUGAAGCAUUUCGAUUUGGGCUCCGAAAGCGCAAAACAGCCUUUCGAUUACACUGUUCAACUGUUUGAAGGACCAAAGCACCAACCGACUUGGAAGAAACUUGUGAGAAGCACAAAAAAAUAUUUCGGUUUCGGGGAAGUACCUGAGAACUCACUGAACAUUUCUGACGAAAAUUAUGUUUGGUACUGUCUGCUUGAUGAUGUUUUGUAUCAUAUUCUUCCAUCGGAUUACAAGUUCGACUGCUUUGAGAAAAUAAUCCAAGGUUACACGGACUUUUUGACCAAAGCUGGACGCGAUCAGCUGGAGACGCUGCGAGUCAUGACCCAUAAUACAGCUCGGUUCAUCGUACAAACUAUGGCCUACGUGGGGCAAACAGACAAUUCAUCGAUCGAUAGGCAAAUAUUGCAAAAACAGCUCGAUCUUAUCAAUACAAAAGCCAUUCAACACUCGUUGACUUCAAAUAGCUUCCGUGAUUUGGUCGACGUGUUCAACAUGUACUGGAAAAACAGAGAAGACAUCAUAACCGGACUGUGUGCUAAAAUUUGCCUGCCUGAAAUGGCAUCACUGAAGGCGGCUCUGUUGGAAAUUGUUUCAGUAGCAUUGGACAAAAAUGUCAUCCCUGAUUUGGUGGUAUCCUUUUUCCGAUCAUUUGGUGAUCUUAUGGUGGAUUUGAAUGAUAUUCAGUUUGAUUGGUACGUUAAAGCUAUUGCCGAUGUCAGUAUGAGUUCUUUAGUUGAUUUGAAACUGAUCGAAUUGGUUGAUAAUAAAUGGGCAACUACAGUCAAUAAAACCUAUCGUGUCACAGCGGUAGAAAAGUUUGCCAGAACAGUGCCAGUGCUUUUUGAUAACUGUGACUGCCAGAAGCAUUACAUCCUCGAAAUACUGCUGACAAUGAUGUCGUAUAUCAGAAAUCAGUUGGCGAAAACUAAUUGGAAGUCAGGCGAACAGUUGUCCGAAAUAGAACAAAUCUCCACAACCAAUGAGCUGAUCUUUGCCGUGCGGAACUCGUUUUUGUACCUCAGUGAGCAACCCGAGUAUGUGUCGUUUGAGAUGUUCUACGAUGAGCGUGUUAAACCGUUUGCGAGUGCUGUAGACAAUAGUAGCUCUCAUCGGGACUUUACAAAUCGUAUCUACCUCAUCAAGGAGUCGUUUUGGUAUAUUCGGAAACAAAGCGAGAUGGCGGUCGGUCGAGCUCUUGAGCUGUUCGACGGUUUAAACAGCGAUUCUGAUAGAGAAAAGAUGCUUUCUGUGUACCAGAAAUACGAUGAUUGCUUCCAGCGUUUCAUGAAUUUAUCCAACGAAGAAUAUAUUGCAAAAGCAGAAAAAAUCGUCAACAAAGUGUUAGAACUAUCAUUCAUAAAACUGCACCCGACUUGGGAUAGUGACGAUAAAUUGGAAAAAAUACCGGAAAUGCUGGCUGGACUGGCAGCUGUCUGGUCUAUCAUUGUAUCGAAGGAUGUAUCAAACACCGGGAAGUAUCUGACUCCACAUUGUGUUCAGAUCCUGUGCAUAUUGCGUCUGCUUAGUAUUGAUCGGGCAACUGACGGUGUAAUAAAUCAUCUGGCGCAGGUUCUUACUGGACAGGGCAAAUCUCUGGUCUUGGGCCUAACGGCUGCUCUACUGGCGUUGACGGGUCAUAAGACUCGCGUGGUUUGCUACAAUGAAUACUUGGUAACGAGAGAUGAACAAGACUUUCAGCAAUUCUUUUCCAUGUUUAGGAUCGGGAAUCGAAUUAUUUAUGGUACAUUUGAAGAUAUGGCAAACCAUUUGAUUGCUCCUGUUAUCAACGGUGAACGCAUGGGAAUGCGAGAUUUACUAACAAAGAUGCUGCUGGGUAACGAUCAAUCGAAAAAAGAACUAGCUACUGAAAAUAUGAGUAACUCUGUUCUUCUAAUAGAUGAAGUAGAUGUUUUUUUCACGGCUGAGUUCUUCGGUAAUGUAUAUUUACCUUGUACUCGUCUCACGUUACCGGGAUUGAAUUUAAUACAGGAGGAAAUAUGGAAUAUUGUGCUUCGCAGCAAAACUGACAACGAGAGAGAGGUAGCACAUACCAUCUACCGCUUUAUCACAUUGGAGAAAAUGAAAGGAGUUGAAGAAUUUCAUAACUUCAUUAACAAUGAAAAACAUUACAACAUGUUGACCCGAUGUGGGAAACUGACAAGUGAGCGUUUUACCAACAAAAAGUUGUUCGAUGAUCAUCUGAAGGCGAUGAUUAGCUGCGCCGUCCAUGUACGCGACUUACCGGUGGAAAAUUGGAAGGAUUACAAACUCAGUGAGCGAGGCACCAUCCUUUACAAUCGCAAAGGCAAAUAUGUCAACUAUUGCUUGAAUAGUUAUUAUCCAGUAUUUAAUUAUUUCCGCUUGCGCGGCUCCAAUUUUGUGACUACAGUAGGAACCGAAAUUAAUUACGGAUAUCUAAAUCUGGAGUGCGGUUCAAUUUCGUACGCAAUUCUUCCGAAAUGUUAUCCUCUGAUUCUGGGUGUUUCUGGUACAUUGUCCGCCCUCAAUCAGUGCGAAAAACAAACGAUUGAGAAUUUGUAUAACAUCAGCAAAACGUCCAUAAUGCCAACAUUUUUCGGCGGUUCCAAUCUUCGUUUCAACCAGUCCGCUGAUUUCCGAGUGUUGAAUAGCCUCUCGGAGUGGGAAGCGGCAAUCUUUGCUCGAGUCAAUGCCAUACUCGGAGAGAACCGAUCUGUGCUUGUGUUUUUCGAUUCCGAGACUCCGCUGAAUAGAUUCCACGCUGAAUAUUGUGGCCAAUUCGAUAGGCUGAAUGUGCUGACCGUGAACACGGAACAAGCUCUAAUGAGUCAGUACAUUGACGAGGCAGGUGUGGCCAAAACUAUCACACUGGCAACAGCUGCAAUGGGACGGGGUGUCGAUUACAAAUCGAGUGUGGCGAUUGAAAAGCACGGAGGGCUGCACGUAAUUCAAACAUUUUUCUCACUGGAUGUCAAGGAGGAAACACAAAUCAUGGGCCGAACAGCUAGGAAAGACAACCGUGGAAGCUACGAAUUGAUUGUGUGCCAACAACAUCUAAAUGGCUUAUGCGCAACACCUACGGUUUACAGUAACUUGCAAGCUAGUCGACUGCAUCGGGCGGUAUCGGACAAUGAAAGGCUUUUGACCACAAUUAAUAACUAUAAAAAUGAUCAUGACAUUACCAUGGAUUAUAUGAAAUCUUUCUUUAAAUAAUAGAUACAAUGCAAUUGUGUAUCCUAAGCAAAAACCGAAUUUUUAACCACCUGUAAUUCUUUUUUUCAUAUGAAAUAUAAUAAAACGUUAUAAGCCUCAAA